UAAAACAUCUCUUGAAUCUUGAAUCUUCUGCAGGACCAGGGUCUGGACCUGGACCAGCUGCUGGGUCCAGGUCUCUAUAAGGAGCGGUACCGAGCCGACAUGAUCCGAUGGGGAGAAAGCCGGCGCCGCCAGGACCCCGGGUUCUUCUGUCGCCUAGCAACCAGGGGGGCACGGCAACCAGUCUGGGUGGUGAGUGACGCUCGGCGCCUGUCAGACCUUCAGUGGUUCUGGUCGGAGUUUCCUCAACAGACUCAAAGUGUCAGAGUUCAAAGUUCAGAAGAAACACGCACACAGAGGGGGUGGAGCUUCUCCGCAGGUGUGGACGAUGCAGAGUCUGAGUGUGGGUUGGACAGCGGGGUUGAAUUUAAUUGGACCAUCACUAACGAGGCCGACGCCCCCUCGUUAGAAGAGCAGCUGCAGCCAAUCCUGAAGCUGGCAGAGGAAGCAGCGUCUCCUCCGGGUCGUUGACGUCGGAGCAAAGGCUCAUGGGAGAUUCUCAUGACUUGUUGGCUGAUCUCUCGAGGCGACCGAGGGGUUGUCUCCACGUGGCUCUCAACAUGGUGUCGCAGCUAACAAUGCUAACAGAGCUAUCAAAGGACGCUUUCAUCAAAAUAAACACGAGUCAGUUCUGAUCUACAAA